GAUUGUCAUUGUCGUCAAUCAAAAUUUUGUUGAAGUCAGAAAAAUAGCAAAGCGCGACGAAGUGAAAGAAUUUCCUCGACACGACUAUUACAAAUUAAUUGCAACGUUGACAAAUAUUUUCCAUAAAUAAUGGCAGAUAAAAGAAAAACAAAGAAACGCAAGGACGAGUUUGGCGAAUCCACAGAGUCGGAGAAGCCAACGAGCGAAGAGUACGCAGUGGCGAAGUGGUUAAAAGCGAACGUGCCCACAAAGAAAACAAAGUUCCUGAAUCACCAUGUCGAAUAUUUCACAGGCGCAAAAGCGGUGGACGCACUGCUCACGUCAAAAUGGGCGACGGGCAAGAACCCGAUCUUCACGACACGCCACGAGGUCACCACCUACCUACAUCAGAUGCUGCUGCACAAACUGUUCCACAGAGCUAAGAAGGUACCAGUAAGUGAACAGGAACUGAAAGGCAAAUCAAAGAAGAAAGAUGAGAAAUCUAGCAAGAGUAAUGAUGACAAAGACGGAGAAAAAAGCCAAGCCAGCGCCUGCGAAGGAAAGGACACAAAGGACAGCAAAGAGAAGGAGAAGAAGAAACGCAAGAUCCGCCUGGAGAUGCACCUGGAACAGCUGUUCCUCGACACAGCGGACGCCUACGUCUGGAUCUACAACCCCAUGCCGUGGUACUACUGGCUGUGUGGGGUCCUGGUGGUGAUUGGUACCAUCACUGUCUGCAUGUUCCCGUUGUGGCCUGCCACCUUCAGAAAAGGCGUGUACUACCUGAGCGUGGCUGCCGCCGCGUUCCUCGUCCUCAUCAUAGCCCUGGCCAUCAUCAGGCUGGUCGUGUUCUGCCUGGUGUGGAUUCUGACUCUGUCCAGACACCAUCUGUGGCUGUUGCCCAACCUCACUGAGGACGUGGGCUUCUUCGCGUCUUUCUGGCCGCUAUAUAAGUACGAAUACCGUGGGCCAGGUUCAGAGAGCGACAAGUCGAGUAAGAACAAGAAGAAACCCAAGAAAGACAAACAGUCGGACGACGAGGCGGAGAAGACGGAGAAAGGGCAAGAUGUCGCUCCGGCGGGAGUGGACGCUGCGCACGAGUUGGACGAAGCCAAAGAAGAGAGUCCACUCCUGCCCGGCUCGGAGAAACAUUCCGACUCUGAAUCCGAGAACAGCCAGCGAUCGUCCACAGACAGGGACUUCGAAAUCGUCGAUCCGGAAAUGGUCGAGUCCGCCGAACUCGACCCCGACCCCAAAGUCGCCACUUAGAUGCCAUUUUGUAUCGUCAAACCAAUUAGUUAAGGUCGAAAACGCACUGGGUAUGUGUGAUUCCAUUUACAAAUUUAAAUUUCGUUGCAAACAGAAUUGUUCUUGUCAACGUGUUGCCGUCCUUGUCUAGAUUGUGGCGGUUGAAUGCGACGGCAAUGGUUUGUCAAUGCACUUUUGUUUGACACAAAGUUAGUGUGUAUUGAUUGGGUUUUCAAAUUUAAAUUUCGUUCCAAACAUUUUGAUUUGUCAUUCGAAUGUUUCGCCAUCCUUGUCUAGGUAUACGGCUUAUGUGCGACGGUGAUAUAGGUCGUUUGGUAAAACCCUUUUGUUUGCCACGAAGUGAGUUUUUAUUGAUUUUUUAUUCCAAAUCUUAUUGGGAAUCAGCACAAGUUUUGUAGUUCGUGCAUACAGGAGUUAUGUAUUAAUGUUUUUUUAAUUAAAGUUUUAAUUUAAUAAUAAUAUUUUCUGUGAAUUCUCUUAUCUUAUUAUAUACUUUAAUAAAUUUGUCAUAAUAUUUUUAAGUUUAUAGUAUCUACGAAUAAUAAUUUUGCAUAUUUUUGCAUUUAUUGCCACUUUUCAGUUUCUUUUUUUUUUCUACUACUUAGUCUUCCUCUAUAUUUAGACGAAACCAAAUUUUUUUCUUAGUCAAAAUUGUUUUUUUUAAUAAUUAUUAAUACACAAAAUGACUGUUAUGGAGUUAAUGCCAGUGCGUUCAAAUGACCGUCAUUUAUCAGACAAUUUGCGAAUUGAAAAAUCUAGAAGAGAUAAAUUUAGAAUGGUCAGGUUUUCAAUAUGACAGUAACCAAAGGAAAUAACAUAAAGUUUGUCCAAUUCCAAGGUUCGUUUACGGUAAAAAAAACCUUAUAGAAAAAUUAUUUUAUUGUAGUACUAACUACAUAAUUGGAAAACAUUUCGUACAUAUGUACCUAAUCGUAUUACAAACUCAUUUUGCAAUAGUCGAGAAGGCUAUGAUAUUCGCAAUCAUGUUUUGCGUUAUUUGUUUUGUUAUGUCCAUAUAUUGGUGCUGUUUAGUUUUGUACCGUUUGCCGUUGUGAUAAAGGCUCAUUUGAGCCGCUUUUGUAGAUGACAAAUGCACUGGAAAAAUCGGGUCUCAUAAAAACUAAUGGCAUAAUGCUAACUGCCUAACAUUUUUUGGCAAAAUCAUUGUCUAAAAAUAUAUAUAUUUAGGUAUUGAAUAUUAUGUUAAACGAUGAUUAUGCAAAAAACGUUGUGCGUAAAAUUAUGCCAUUAUAAUUUACGAGACCCAAUUUAGACCCGAUUAAUUCUUAAUGAAUUUAAUAAAUUUUGUGACUUAUUAUAUAAACAUAAAAAUGAUUUUUCGAAUAGUGACUUUGAAUGUGUUUAAAGUUACAAAUAGAUUAUAUUUUUAAUUGAUAGAGAAAAAAUAAAUUGCUUAAAAAUUGUUGUUUGAACUCAAAUUGUGAAUUUCGCAACAGUCUUGAAUUGUAAAUAAAUACAUAAUCGUAUAGAUCUUAUUGGUGUUCCAAAUAUAUGUCAAUCGACGACGUAUUUCAAUAAAACAAUACACUUUUA